AUGGUUAUCUGUAUGGCGGCAUCUUUGUCAAAGGUGAGGAUGUUGGGAGCUUCAGAUCACAUGCAGGAUUGCCAUGUGAUUGGUGUGGGAAAAUACAGCAGCACGUACUCUGGUCUGAAGAGAAGCGUGACAGCGUGCAGUGAGGGUGACGAAAAGCCCUGA